AUGGAAACUGUUGAAACACUUCACAUGAACCAAGGAGCGGGUGAAACUAGCUAUGCCAUGAACUCCUUCAUCCAGAGGAAGAUAAUAUCAUUGACAAAAGAAGCAUCAGAGAAAGCUAUUAUGGAAAUUCUAAGCUCAAAAAGAAGGCCAAUAAUGAAAAUGGGAAUUGUUGAUUUAGGCUGUUCAUCAGGACCUAAUGCUUUAAGGGUGAUGUCGGAAAUAGUUGAAGCUAUAAAUGCAGCUUCAAAUAUGUUGCAUCAACCAGCACCAAAAGAACUAAUGUUGUAUAUGAAUGACCUUUUCACCAAUGACUUCAACAAUGUCUUUGCUUCUUUGCCAUCUUUUCACAAAAGAAUAAAGCAGAAAAAAGAAAAUAAUAGAUACUUUGGUUCUAACUGUUUUGUUUCCGCUGUACCGGGAACUUUCUAUGGUAGACUUUUCCCAACUAAGUCAAUUCACUUCGUUCACUCUUCUACCAGCAUUCAUUGGCUUUCUCGGGCUCCUAGUGGUUUGAUGGACAAAAGUGGGAGAUGGUUGAAUAAGGGAAACCUAUGCAUAUCAAAGAACAGUCCCAACUGUGUGUUAGAAGCUUAUUCACAACAAUUUCAAAAUGACUUUUCAUGUUUCCUUGAAUCACGUUCUCAAGAAAUGGUAUAUGGUGGACGCAUAGUCCUUUCUUUCUUCGGUAGGCAAUCCAUAGACUAUACAUCAUCCAAUUGUUACUGUCAAUGGGAACUCUUAGCACAGGCCCUUAUGACCAUGGUUUCAGAGGGUCUAGUUGAAGAAGGAAAAGUUGAUUCUUUCAACGCUCCUUACUAUGCAUGUUGUUAUGAAGAAUUGAAAAUUGAGAUUGAAAAGGAAGGGUCAUUUAUGGUGGACUCUUAUGAAGCUUAUGAAGUUGAUUGGGAUGAUGGUACGAAUUUGCAAAGUGAUCAUGAUUUAUCGCUAACAUCGACAAGAGGGGAACGUUUUUCUAGAGCCUUGAGGGCUGCAGUUGAGUCCAUAAUAGAAUUUCAUUUUGGGAAUCAUAUAAUGGAUGAGUUGUUUGGCAGGUAUGCUAUUCUUGUGGAGGAUCAUUUGUCCAAGACUAGGGCCACAUUUAUAAAUUGGAUCAUUUCUCUAGUCAAGAAACCUUGA